CUUCUACCAGCCAACCCCACCAGCGUCAGACCGGGCAGGGCAGGGCAGGGCAGGCAGAGAAAAAAAGCAAACCAGACGAGACGUCUCGCGUCCCGUCCCCCCGCUGCCGUUCCCCUUCUUCCGCUACCGCUACCGCUGCUGCUGCUGCUUCUACUGCGCUCCGUCGUCCGCGUCCCAGAUCCGGCAACCAACCGAUCUAGCGGCCUCCAGCAUGAUGGCGGCGGGGGCGGGGGUGAGGGCGGCGGGAGCCCUGGCGCUUGCGCUCGUGCUCGCGCUGGCGGGGGCCAACUCCGAGGGGGACGCGCUCUCGGCGCUGCGCCGCAGCCUCAGGGACCCCGGCGGCGUGCUCCAGAGCUGGGACCCCACGCUCGUCAACCCCUGCACCUGGUUCCACGUCACCUGCGACAGCGGCAACCGCGUCACGCGCCUAGAUCUUGGUAAUUUGAACUUAUCUGGUCAUCUGGUGCCUGAGCUUGGAAAAUUGGAGCAUCUGCAGUAUCUGGAGCUUUACAAGAAUAACAUUCAAGGAACAAUCCCGUCUGAGCUUGGUAACUUGAAGAACCUAAUAAGCUUGGACUUGUACAAGAACAACAUUUCAGGGACAAUACCUCCUGCCCUUGGAAAUUUGAAGUCCCUCGUAUUCUUGCGGCUCAAUGGCAAUCGUUUGACUGGGCCGAUCCCAAGGGAACUGGCUGGAAUUUCUAGUCUGAAAGUUGUUGAUGUUUCAAGUAAUGACCUGUGUGGGACAAUUCCAACUUCUGGACCAUUUGAACACAUUCCUCUGAGCAACUUUGAGAAGAACCCACGCUUGGAAGGUCCAGAACUACAAGGCCUGGCCGUAUAUGACACCAACUGCUAGAAGGCAACAUGAACAGAAGACUGGCUAGAGAAAGUAAUGGGCGUACAAGGUUACUGAAAAUCGGGUGAUAUAGAUUGUGUUAGGUCUGGUUCUGCUGCCACUAUGUAAUCCUUCCUGCAUAGCUCUUAUUUGCAACUUGCUUUCUGCAAGAAAGUUGCUGUAUGUUUUAGCAGAAUGCUUUCUGUCCGUGAAAGUACACUUGAAACUGCUUAUGACUGAAAUGAUAUUGUCAUUUUCCCUGCCACGAGUUUUUA